CCUCCGGAGAGCCAUAGAGAGGAACCGGUUCGCGAGGGCCUUGGUGAAGUGUUCCGGAUUCGGAAGCCGCGGCGAUCAGGGGGGCCGAAGGGACUGGAAGGCUCUGGAACCUGGGCAGAGAAGUGGCCUUCCAGGCCCUAGGCAGAACGCAGGCAGGGAAGAGAGGGCCCACCACACUUCGGGUCAGGCACACGAGAGAGGCAGCCCCGAGCGCCGCCCCACAAGCCUCUGCGGCACCCGGGUCCUGACGGGCCGCCGGGUCUUCCGCCGCACGUGCCUUUAGCGCGAUGCCCAAAUCCAAGCGAGACAAGAAAGUUUCCUUAACAAAAACUGCCAAGAAAGGCUUGGAACUGAAGCAGAACCUGAUAGAAGAGUAAGUAACACUGGUGUCAGUCACGCCAGUGGAAGCUUAAAGGCCUAUGACCGCUUCUCUUGUGUGAGGCCAGAGUUGCCCAGCCCGUGCUGCGCCUCAGCUCCAGAGCCUCAUGAAUUGUCCCACAGCUUCGGAAAUGCGUGGACACCUACAAGUACCUCUUCAUCUUCUCUGUGGCCAACAUGAGGAACAGCAAGCUGAAGGACAUCCGGAAUGCCUGGAAGCACAGCCGGAUGUUCUUUGGCAAAAACAAGGUGAUGAUGGUGGCCUUGGGUCGAAGCCCGUCUGAUGAAUACAAAGACAACCUACAUCAGGUCAGCAAGAAGUUGAGAGGUGAAGUUGGGCUCCUUUUUACCAACCGCACGAAGGAGGAGGUGAAUGAGUGGUUCACAAAGUAUACAGAAAUGGAUUUUGCUCGAGCGGGGAACAAAGCAACUUUAACUGUGAGCCUGGAUCCAGGGCCGCUGAAACAGUUCCCUCAUUCCAUGGAGCCACAGCUGAGGCAGCUGGGUCUGCCCACUGCCCUCAAGAAAGGUGUGGUGACCUUGCUGUCUGACUAUGAAGUGUGCAAGGAGGGUGACGUGCUGACCCCAGAGCAGGCCCGUGUCCUGAAGCUGUUUGGGUAUGAGAUGGCCGAAUUCAAAGUGACCAUCAAAUACAUGUGGGAUGCCCAGUCAGGGAGAUUCCAGCAGAUGGACGAUGACCUUCCCGAGAGCGCGCCUGAGUCUGAGGGGGAGUCUGAGGAGGAGGAGGACGACAGCUGACUCUGGGAACCAGAACCAAGGCCUUCCAGCAAGUACUUCAUCUCCACUGGACGCCCCCAGGACUGCUGUCGCCCCCUAGAGGGAGCGGCUGGUUUUUUUGCUAUGGAUAAAGACAAGGGAGGUGCUGGGCAGUGACUUUGUUUCUAUAGAGAAUAAAAUUUUGUCUGCAGGGUGCUCCCUGUAGACAGCAGAGACUCUUUAUAAAGGCCUUCGGCUGUGCUCCAGCCUAGUCGGGCUAGGGCUGGGUGGGCCAGCACUGCAGAUGGCUGAGAGCACGCCUGGAUUUGGGUGUCUUUGUCCGUUUGCUUGCAGUGGGUUUGCUGAGGAAAGUUAAUUCUCUGGAAGCUUGAUCACUUAAAACAUAAAUAAGCACACAGAUACGUGCAAGCCGGGGGUAAAAUAUGAGGAACACAGGCUUGCCACAGGGCGGUGGAGGGGAUUGGGAGCAAGUGGAGUUUGAGUCAGGUUCUCACUGAAGCACAGACUGGUCUUGAUCUUACAGUAGUUUCUGGCCUCUGCCCCUCAAGUGCUACCACACUUGGCUGACUAGUAGUGAUUAGUAGCUGUGUGCUGUGCGAGUCAGUGGUAAGGCAUCAUAAACCAUGCUUAAGGCCAGCAGGUCCCUCCCUGGCAGCACACAGAAACUGAGGAAAGUUGUUGGACCUGUGGGUCAGAAAAUCCUCAGAGUUCCUGACCUCUACCCUAGAGGAGGGAUGUGGGGGUUAAACAGCAACACUGAAUAAGAUGGGCCUUGGGUCUUCAUAAUCAUGCCCAAAAAACCCAGGGCAAGCCAAUAUGAUAAUGCUUGGAAUGCCAGCACCUCAGGAGGCUGAGGUAGGAUUGAAAGUUUGAGGCCAAGCCAGGCAGAGGGAGGCCAAUCUCUGAAUUGGAGGCCACUCAUGGCUAAAUAAAGCCUAUCUCAAAAAAAGUUUGAUACCAAUCAACUAUAAGGCUGAAAAAAGGCAGGCUUGGGGCUGGAGAGAUGGCUCAGUGGUUAAGAGCACCGACUGCUCUUCCAGAGGUCCUGAGUUCAAUUCCCAGCAACCACAUGGUGGCUCACAACCAUCUGUAAUGGGAUCUGAUGCCCUUUUCUGGUGUGUCUGAAGACAGCUGUAGUGUUCUUAUAUAUAAUAAAUAAAUCAUUAUAGGAAAAAAAAAAGGGCAGGCUUGGUUGUAUGCACCAGAAAUUGAAAGCUAGAGACAAGAGACCUGAUAGGAGUUCAAGGCCAGCCUAGAGUAUAUGGCAUUUUGUCUUAAAAAGAAAAGGCCAGGGUGGUGGUGGCUCACACCUUUAAUACCAGCACUUGGGAGGCAGAAUUCAGGACAGCCAGGGCUACACACAGAUACAUUGUCUCAAAGGGGAAAGUAAGAAAGACAAGUGACAUGUUUCAGCAGACCGAAGCACUUGCUGCCAAAUCAAUUAAAAUGUUGCUUAGUACUCAA